GUUACUUCUUUUAGUGGGCUUCGGUCAAUAAUUUUUUUCCAGGGAAGCUCUUUAAGGGGGAGGUGUCAACCAAGAGUCUUCCUUCCUGGCUUGCUGUUAUUUUACUAUUGCUUUCUUCGACAUUGCUUAUUUCUGAGAGGCAGUGAACUUCAAAAAACCAUUAGAAAAUGCAUCAGAAUACACCCAACUUCAAGACUUGUUUUGCCAUGUUGAUUUUACACCAUCAUUGUAGUAAAAUCAUUUUAUACUUUUAAUCUCUAGUUUCUUGCAGGAUCCUGUAUGUUCUGUUAGUUUUUGCUGCAAACCAGAUCUAAACCAAUGGUUAGCAAUGAAAGAACAGCCAUGAAACCAGAGAAGGAAAAUAUUGCAUUAGAUGGAUCUGUUGAUCUGCAAGGGAGGCCUGUUUCGAGAAGCAAGACUGGAGGGUUAAAGGCCUGUUCUUUUAUAGUGGGGUAUGAGUUCUGUGAGAGGCUGGCUUAUGGUGGGAUAUGGGCUAAUUUGGUGAUAUAUCUCACAACCAAACUGCAUGAAGGGACUGUUUCUGCCUCAACUAAUGUCACUACUUGGACUGGUACUAUGUGGACUAUGCCUCUCCUUGCUGCUUAUAUUGCUGAUACUCAUUGGGGACGUUACUGGACCUUCCUUGCCUUUUCAUCUAUCUAUAUACUGGCAAUGGGGUUUUUGACAGUAGCUGUUUCUCUGAAAUCUUUGAGGCCUCCUCCUUGUCCAUCAGGUGAUGGAUGCCAAAAGGCUACCACUUUUCAGAGUGGAAUAUUUUACCUAGCCUUAUAUCUUGUAGCAAUAGGUGCAGGUGGAAUCAAACCAAACAUCUCUACUUUUGGUGCAGACCAAUUUGAUGAGUUUGACCCCAAAGAAAAGUCCCACAAAAACCACUUCUUCAACUGGUGGAUGUUCAUCAUAUUCUUUGGAAGCCUGUUAGGCAAAACAUUCCUGAUUUACAUAGAAGACACAGUGAGUUUUGGAGUGAGCUAUGCAAUCAUCACAGCAGCACUCUUUGCAUCAGCACUUGUCUUCUUGACUGGAAAUCCUUUUUACAGGCAUAAAAAAGUAACUGGAAGUCCUCUAAAGCGAAUGGGUAAAGUGUUUGUAAGGGCAGCCAUGAACUGGAAAGUCAAAGCUGAACCAGAGACUUCUAACCUUUAUGAAGUGGGCUACCAAGAAUAUGUUGCAAAAUACAGAUACCCUAUCCCACAUACUUCUUCAUUAAGAUUUCUUGACAAGGCAGCAAUCAUAAAUGACGCCUCAUCAAAGAUUUGCACUGUAACUGAAGUGGAAGAGACCAAACUCAUGGUUGGAAUGCUUCCAGUUUGGAUUGCUACAAUCAUACCCACCAUACUUCUGACACAAGCUGGGACUCUGUUUGUUAAACAGUCAGAGACUCUGGACAGACAUUUGGGCUCCACAUUCCAUAUCCCAGCAGCUAGUAUCAUGGCCUUCCUCACUCUGUUCAUGCUCAUAACUACCCUAAUCUAUGACAGGCUCUUAAUACCCAUUUUAAGAAAAUUCACAGGAAACCCUAAAGGCAUAACUGCUCUCCAGAGAAUGGGAGUGGGAAUGGUGAUCCAGGUAAUUGCCAUGGUGGUGGCUAUGGCUAUAGAGACCAAACGACUACAAGUAGUUAAAGAUCAUGGGCUUCAAAAUAACAAAAAGGCAAUUGUGCCCAGAAGUAUUUUCACCUUAAUGCCACAGUUUGCACUGCUGGGCAUGGCGGAUGCAUUGCUGGAUAUAGGCAAAAUUGACUUCUUUUAUGAUCAAGCACCAGAGAGUAUGCAGAGUAUGGGGACUGCAUUAUAUACAAGCUCUAAUGGCGUCAGUGCCUUUGUCAGCAGCUUUAUUCUUACAUCUGUGAGCAAUUUUACUGCCCGGGGAGGCCGCAAAGGAUGGAUCUUGAACAAUUUGAAUGCAUCCCAUCUAGAUUACUAUUAUUCAUUCUUAGCCGUUCUGCUAUUUGUGAACAUUGCUUUCUUUGUCUUUGUUUCACGUUUGUAUGUGUACAAGAGGGAGAUUACAGAGGUUUUUGGGGAAGAUUCUGAGAAAGCCAUUGAGAUUUCUCCUUUAAACAGGGGAAAUGAUCUCGUACUUCAGGAUGAGUUAGGGCAUAUCGAUCUUAAUAGUAACUUAAAUAGAAUAGAUUAAAGUCUC